UCGCUCCUGUCCCCGAUGACAGAGGUGUAGUAUACUGUACAAAAGAAGGAUAUAAUUGCAUCAAGAGACGGGCUACGUCGCUGGACAUUCACAUCACAUUCUGGUAGGCUCCGGAUGCACCGAAGCUGUUUGUGUGCUUGGAGGCAAGCAAACAGCCCACCCGUCUCCGUUUUACUUAUCUAGGUACUCCUUCUGACCGACAACUGACCCAUCGACACUGAUCCCACUUCUCCACCAUCCCAAUGUCCGGAUACGACCAUCAGAGCGACUCGGCCUCCAACAGCGACGACGAAGACGAUCUCUUCGCCGCCAGCUACCUCGCCGGUCCCACACAGACACUCACACCCUUACACGUACAAGGCACCAAUGCGCAUCCCCUAGCCCCGUCUGCAGUAGCGCGACCGCGCGUGAGCCUAUCGCUCCUGGAUCUCUUGCACAGACGCCCGUCGCUGUUAGAUUUACUGCAUAGACGCGAUCGGCGCCCAACACUUAGCCCCUUGCAGCUGCCCCACGACAGCGCAAACGCAGACCCGAGUGACGAGGAAGGAGCAAACGCACGGUCGCACCAUAGAGGUGCCUACUUGCCCUCGCGACUCGCGCACUCGUUUCCCCUCUACUCUCAUCGCUUGCGUAUGCGUGUCCUCCGCGAUUCACCAGCGUCGUCGUCGUUCGAGGAGGAUAUGGUUAAAAAGGAUGUGGAGGCGGUGGCGGAGACGGAGACAAAGACAGAGAAGGAGACAGACACAGAGACGGCAGAGGCGAACACAAAGUCAGAACUACACACCGCGCCAGACACCGAGCCACAACCAAGGAAACACGCACAACCAGACUCCAAUCCAAACCCUAACGACCAACCCGCCAACCAAAACGACCACAUCCGCGCCCUCCUCAUCCCCAUCCUCCCCGCCCUCCUCAAACUCAAAUCCACAACCCCACCACCCUAUUCUCCGCACGUGCGCACGAAAUCCCUCGCGCAGAUACUCAAGCAACGUAUGCUGCCGGUGGGAAGACAUGUACAGGCGCUCUUAAGGGGUGUGGAGGAGGGGAAGAGGGGCGCUCUGGAACUGGAUGUUUGUGAGUAUAUUGCGGCGCGGUAUUGGCCGAGUGCGGCGGGGGAAGGGGGGAGGUUGAGGGUUUUGGAGGGGUUGCGGAAUGCGGUUUAUCUUGAGGGGCUGGAGGAGUCGCGGGAAGGGGGAGGCGCAGGAGAGGCAGGUGCAGGAGGUGGAGGUGCUGAGGUGAGUGAUGUCAUUUCAGCGCCUAGUGAGCUGUCCGAAGACUAUUCUGGAAAGCAUGCUGGGAUGAGGGGAGGUUGAUACAGCGUCUGAAGUCCGAAUAAUCUGGCGAUGAGAUGGUGAGGAUAUUGAGUUUUUUUAGGGUCACGGUGAGCGGUCGUUCUGGGUUGGCGUGAGCUGAGAAUACAGGAUCCAGCUGUGCUGGAUGUUUGUCUUGUCUUGAGUUUAAUCGCGCGACUCUCUCACCUCGUGCAGAGAUUUGGCCUGCCCGUAGGUAGGAUUAAGGUUACGUUGUUCUCCUUGGGGUCUGCUGCUACACUGUUUGCUUUCCUCACUAAGCUCCUUCCCGCUUACUUCCUCACUCACCUCCUUCUCACUCACCUCCUUCUCACUCACCUUUUUCUAUUUACUCUCGCCUCACUCUUCUCACUCACCUCUCUCUUCAACGUCGAGAGCUCA